AGCGUCACAACAGACCCACCAGAUGGACAUCCUUCACGGUUCACAAAGUACAGCCUCCACCAUAAACGUGAUUGUGGAGCCAGUUACAAAAUUUCCAGGGACCCGCGGUUGGUGUACCCUGCAGUGUUAUUUCCGAAGUGGCGCUAUCGGAUUUAGUUAUAGAGUCAUUCAAUUCAGUUAUCGAUAAACCGCUGAGGUUUCAGUCUCGCCAAAGUCGUUACAGUACACACAAGUUUAAAAUAAUCUGUUUGUGGGAUACGUUGUUGUUCGGGCGGUUUUCAAUAUGGGCGUGAACAUACGCGAAACAGUCCUGGACGUACCGGACAACGAGGACGUACAUUAUACAGAAAUCGAUUUAAAAACAGAAACAGAUACGACAAAAACAGAUGCAGAUUUGAAUAUAACAGACACGGAUUUAACCAAAAACGACAUAAAGAAAACUGAAACAGACUUUGUCGAGACCAAAAAUGAGGACAUUAAUGGCAAUGCGAAGAUAUUGAAGAGACUCGAGACUGUUCCGGAUAUCAAGAGGGAUACUUCAGGAAUAACUACGCAAUACAUUGCUACUGGAAUAGUAAACCUGGGCGCUCUAGCCGCAGGCGUGUGCGUCGCGUGGUCAUCAUCAGCUCUGCCGAGGAUGACGGCCUCUAUCACUUAUGAUUACGCAGAAUUAAUAAAUUCAACACACAGCAAACUUCCGUUGACACAAGCAGAAGCGUCCUGGGUGGCAUCUAUCCUGUGUCUAGGUGCGGUGUUUGGUUCGGUGCCUGCCGGGCUCAUUUCCGAGUAUUUCGGCCGCAAGAAGACACUCUUAUACUUGGCGCUGCCUUUGCUCGUCUCUUGGAUACUUGUCGCUUCCAGUCCCAACGUGUAUGGUCUGUACGUCGGGCGCUUCGUGGGUGGUGUGGCAGUGGGGGCAUUUAGCGUGAGCAUUCCGCCUUACAUCGAGGACAUCGCUGAGAAGGAGCUUCUGCCAAAUCUUACCAGUUUUUACCACGUGCAUUUCGCAUGUGGCGUGCUCUUCGGCUAUAUCAUUGGCAUGGUGUAUAGUACCUCAUGGCACUGUGUCCUUUGUACGAGUAUUCCAGUCGCCUUCUUCAUUGCUUUCAUCUUUCUUCCUGAGUCUCCAGCUUAUCUCUUGUCGCAAGGAAAAUCUGUAGAAGCGAAAGCAUCUCUACGGUACUUUAGGGGCAUUGACAAUGAUAUUGACGGAGAAAUGAAGUCUCUCAAAGAACGAAUCAGGAGCUCUUUAAAACGCAAAGUCACCUUCAAAGAACUCUUCAGUACAAGAGCAACUAUCAAAGCUCUAGUUGUAUCUUUCGGACUCAUGGUCUUUCAACAACUAAGUGGGAUAUACCCUAUCCUUUUCUACACGGAAACUAUUUUCAAAACAUUCGAAAUUUCUUUAAACCCACCUAGUGCGGCCAUUAUACUUGGAUUUUCAUUUGUAUCGUCAACAUACUUCUCUACAGUUUUACUUAAAAGGAUCCGAAGGCGAGUGUUACUUAUUUCGUCGUUAACAAUCAUGGCAUUCAGUUUAGGAAGUUUGGCGAUUUACUACCAUUUGAAAGCGUCAAAUUCUUUAUCGAGUAAUAGCACUUGGGUACCGUUAUUAACACUAUGUUUGUACGUUUCUUUGUACGCAUCUGGUAUAGGACCGAUUCCCUGGUUGAUGUUAAGGGAGAUUUUCCCAUCAGAAGUUACUCGACGAGCUACGGCUAUUACAGCUGGUUUCCAUUGGUUUUUAGCUUUUGGAGCAACUAAAUUGUAUCAGAAUUUGGUUGAAAAAGUCAGUCCUGGUUGGACGCUGUGGCAUUUUGCCGUGACUUGUAUAGUUGGGACUUUGUUCGUCUACUUUUUUGUACCAGAGACUAAAAAUAGGACGCUUGAAGACAUUCAGAACGAGUUUGAUGGUAUCCGUAAGAAGCAUAGACAUGUAAUUGAAAUUGAGUGUGGGCCAGAGGGUUAGAUUGUGUUAAUUUAUAGAAUUAACUAAUACUAAUUUCUGUGUCUCUAGUUGUAUGCAAUUCGUACUAUUCUAUUCUAUUCUAUUUGUUUUGUUGGUAAGUCAGUGUUUAUGGCACAAAAAUAUUUCAAAACUAUCUGCGUCGCACUCCGGGGCAGAACCACUUAAGCUUUAAUUCUCAUACAAAAAAAGACUGACAGGUUUACAUCAUUUGAUCUUUCCGAUGAACUCUUGAAUUAUUGAACCACGUUUAAAAAUUAUGUAAUAGAUCUAUCUCUUGUAUGUAAAUUAUUUAUAUCUAGGAAUAUAGUGUAAAAGAGUCAUUUUAUCUGUGUGUAACUUAAUCUUGAGUGUUUUUCUAUAAUUGUUUUGUACAAAAAAUAUACAUUAUU